AUGCACGAGGAGACAAACUCAUUUACCAGCAGUGUCUUAUCUGAUAAUCCAAUGAUGAGUGAAUAGGAUGCUCAACUAAUAGUUUAAAGUUAUAAUUCUACAAUUUGUACUUUAACUUAUUAUAAUAGAAUCACUUGUUAAAGAGAAUGAUGUCUUAUAAAAGAAACUUGAUGAAUAUGUUUAAAAUGAGAAAGAAGAGGAGCAAAAGUUAUUACAAACAAAAUAGCAAUAUGAAAAAUAAAUAACAAGAAUGGAAUAAUUAAAGCAGCAAUAAUUAUUGAUAGAUUAAGAAAGAGAGCAGAUAUUUACUAGCCCAGUAUUUGAAUAAUAAAAGUAAUUGGUUCCUAAUGCAGUCAAUUAUUUAUAUGAGUUCCUUCAUUAGGAUUAGAAACAACCUUCUCAUACCAAUAUAAUUCAUAAUCAAGGAAUGGAUACUCAAAAUUCAUUAAUGCAAUUUGAUGAAGAUGUAUCCCCAAAUAUUGAAUAAAAUGAUCCUUAAUUAUUAAAAGACUUGUAUAAAUAAAAAGAAGAGCUUGGAAAUCAAAAAAACUAACUCAUCUCAUAAAUUUUAGAAUCAAUUUCCAAAUAUGCUGAAUUGCAAUUACAAAAAUGUUCGAAAAAGGAAUGCUAAUAAUGUCAUCUAUUAUAUAACCCUAGAACCAAUUAUAUAGUAUUUAUUUAUUCUAAUAUUAGGAUUCUUGUUUAUUUCACAGUGGCAAAUUAAAAUUUUAUUCUUGCAAGAAAUGUGGAGCAGAUGAUUACUAUACUUGCUGCAAUAAAUGCAUUAGAUGUAGUGAAGGAUGUAAAACUAAUUUCCAUCAACCAAAACCAUGAUAUAAAAUAAUUCAAAUAAUCG